GUAACGGAAGUAGCGUGGCUAAGGCGGAAGUACAGUCGCCGCGCCACUGAAUGGAUCCCACAACGUUGAUUGUUGCCAAUUUCGCUACAAGUUUUAUGAUGUUCUUCUUGCACGUUUAACAAACAUGGCGUGUUUCUUCCGAAGGAGAAUAGCGGCGCAGCUCGGCUGCACGCUGCAGCAGCCCGAGGACGCCUUCAUACCGGCUCUUGCAGCGGUUCCAGUUUUUAAGAAACAACAGUCUGCCGACUUCAAACUAUCAAUCGCCACAUUGCGGAUGAGCGGGAUUUUACCAUCCAGCGGUGACAUCCAGCUGCAGGCCGAAAGCUUGGCCGCUCGGGUGAGAUUCAUGACGGAUGACUUGAAGCGGGACAGUGUCGUCGAGGACGUAUCUGCCGGACGCGGAGUGAUCAACUUUAAAGUGAAUCGCAAACUUCUGGUUCAGAAAGUGUUGGAGUCGUUUGGAAAGGAGGAGGAAGGUCAAUUUGGGUUAAACAGUGAACUUUUAAAUACUCUGACGAGAGGAACAACAUUAGUUGAGUACAGCUCUCCAAAUAUAGCCAAAAAAUUUCAUGCUGGACACUUAAGAUCUACAAUUAUUGGUAACUUUAUUGCUAAUCUAAAGCAGUGUCUUGGUAACAACGUAAUUCGGAUGAACUACCUUGGAGACUGGGGCAUGCAGUUUGGUUUGCUCGGGGCUGGCUUCGCUAAAUUUGGAUGUCAGGAGAAACUGAAACAGAAUCCCUUACAGCAUCUGUUUGAGGUUUAUGUUGAAGUUAACAAGGAUGUAGAGCAAAAUGAGGAAAUGAUGCAGGCUGCCAGAGCAUUCUUCAGUCAGCUGGAACAGCACGACAGCGAGGCUGUGUCGCUAUGGCAACAGUUCAGAGAGAUCACAGUUGACGAGUAUCAACAUGUUUACAAGCGGUUAGGAGUCCACUUUGAUAUUUACUCCGGGGAAUCCUUCCACCAACAACAAGCCCAGCAGGUGGUGCAGAAGCUUCAGAGUCAAGGCCUCUUGAAAACCUCUGAAAAAGGAACCGGCGUGGUGGAUCUCUCCACUGCUAAAGACAUGAGCAGCGUCAGCACAGUGCUCCGCAGCGACGGCACAACUCUCUACAUCACCAGAGAUCUUGCUGCAGCAAUUGACCGAAAAGAAAAGUACCAUUUUGAUGAGAUGAUUUAUGUGACAGAUAAAAGUCAAGCGAUUCACUUCCAGCAGUUGUUCCACAUCCUGCUCGCUAUGGGACAUUCUUGGGCUGACAGGUGUGAGCAUGUGCCCUUUGGCCUGGUGCGGGGUAUGAAGACCAGGAGGGGUGAGGUGGUGUUUCUGGAGGACGUGCUGGACGAAGCUCGGGCCAGGAUGCUCCGCAACAUGAACCAGUCAAAAACAACGAAGGAGACGGUCAACCCAGAAGACACAGCAGAGAAAGUGGGGAUCAGUGCUCUAAUAGUGCAGGACUUCAGAGGGCCGCGGGAGUCAGACUACACAUUUGACUGGGACAGGAUGCUGCAGGCGCAAGGAGACACGGGAGUUUUCCUCCAGUACACACACGCCCGACUCCACAGUCUAAUACAGAGGAACGAAGGCGUCGCAGCAGUUCUGUUUGAUCCGUCCCACCUGCUCGAGCAGACGAGCGUCCCCGUCCUGCAGCACCUCCUUCGCUACGAUGAAGUCUUAUACCAGUCAGCCAAGGAUCUGCAGCCCAAACACCUGGUCAACUUUUUAUUGAAGCUGUGCCACCUGAUCGCCUCAGCACACAGAGAGCUGCCAGUGAAAGGAAGCUCUCAGGAUGUUGCACAGGCAAGGUUACGGCUGUUCAGUGGGGCCCGCUCAGUCCUGGCCAAUGGGAUGAAGAUCCUGGGCAUCACACCAGUUGAUCAAAUGUGAAACUGCUGUAGGUACAACAGUUAAAUAAAUACCAUGUUGCUUC